AGGAAGUGGAUUCUGAUCUUGGGUUCAGCCAGGAAGCUCGGCACUCCGGCUCGCUGUCCCUCGGUACCUGCGCGGGCUUUCGCGCCGCAGCUGCUUUUGGAGCGUCUCGCGUCUCCUGCGCUCACUGAGGCGUGAGCCGAGUCCUCACUCGAAGGCGUGGGUUCGAGCCACCGAGAUUCCGUGCUGGGGCGGAUCUGGGGGGAGCUCCGGGCGGGCCCGGGCGCUCGGCUAGAGCGCGGCGCUGGCGCGUAAAGGCCUGGAUCCCCUGAGGAUAGGAUCCGAGCCUAUCUCUGCUGAUCUCAGUGACAGUGAAGCAUCGUCCAACAAUGGCUUGGUGGAAACAAGCAGGAUUUCAGAGCAAUGUAAAGAUGGCGUAUCUUCUGGUAAUGCUGAAUGUACCCUCAUGAGAAGAGGUGGGAAAAUCGUACGGGAUGUCAUGGAUUUGGGUGUCUGUACCAGAGAGAAACUGGCCCAUGUUAGAGUUUGCAAAACAGGUUCCAGUGGAAUACCUGUGAAGCUGGUCACAAAUCUCUUCAGUUUAGAUCUGCCCCAGGACUGGAAGCUAUACCAGUAUCAUGUGGCGUACAUGCCCGAUUUGGAAUCUAGAAGCAUGAGAAUUGCUUUGCUUUACAGUCAUAAGGAAUUUUCCAACAAAGCAAAAGCAUUUGAUGGUGUCAUCCUUUUUCUCUCACAGAAGCUGGAAGAAAAGGUCACAGAGUUGUCAAGUGAAACUCGAAGAGGCGAGACUGUGAAGAUGACUGUCACUCUGACGGCCGAGCUGCCAGCAAGCUCCCCUGUGUGCAUCCAGGUCUUCAGCAUCAUUUUCAAAAAGAUCUUAAAAAAAUUGUCCAUGUACCAAAUUGGACGGAACUUCUACAAGCCUUCAGAGCCCGUGGAAAUUCCCCAGCACAAGUUGUCCCUUUGGCCUGGGUUUGCCAUUUCUGUGUCAUACUUUGAAAACAAGCUCCUGUUCAGUGCUAAUGUGAGUUAUAAAAUCCUCCGGAAUGAGACUGUUCUGGAAUUCAUGACUGGCCUCUGCUACCAAACUGGCAUGUCCGGCUUUACCCAGAUGUGUGAAAAAGAGCUGAUUGGGCUCAUUGUCCUUACAAGAUACAAUAACAGAACCUACCGCAUCGAUGAUAUUGACUGGUCGGUGAAGCCCACGCACUCCUUCCAGAAGCGGGACGGCACUGAGAUCCGCUAUGUGGAUUACUACCAGCAGCAAUAUGAUAUUACUUUAUCUGACCUACAUCAGCCAAUGCUUGUUAGUCUGUUGAAAAGCAAGAGAAAUAACGUUGAGGCUCGGCUGGUCCACCUGAUACCCGAGCUCUGCUUUCUAACAGGACUGUCCAGCCAGGUGACCUCUGAUUUCCAACUGAUGAAGGCUGUGGCUGAGAAAACGUGGCUCAGUCCCAUAGGAAGGCAGCAGCGCCUGGCCAGGCUUGCUGAUGACAUCCAGAGAAACAAGGAUGCUCGUCUUGAGCUGGAGACCUGGGGGCUGCAUUUUGGAUGCCAGAUGUCACUGACUGGCCGGGUUGAACCUUCAGAAAAAAUAUUAAUGCAAGACCACAUAUGUCAACCUGUGUCUGCUGCUGAUUGGUCCAAGGAUAUUCGAACUUGCAAGAUUUUAAGUGCACAGUCUCUGAAUAAAUGGUUGAUUAUAUGUAGCAACAGAGAUGAAAACGUGACUGAGAACUUUCUGAGCUGCUUGAGAAGAGUUGGAAGUUCCAUGGGGUUUAAUGUGGACUACCCCAAAAUCAUAAAAGUCCAGGAAAGUCCAGCUGCAUUUCUUGGUGCUAUACAGAAACACGUUGAUCCUUAUGUUCAGCUGGUAAUGUGUAUUCUGCCUUCCACUCAGCAGAGCUAUUAUGAGUCCAUCAAAAAGUACCUAAGCUCCGACUGCCCAGUCCCGAGCCAGUGCGUGCUUGCUCGGACCCUGAGUAAACAGGGAAUGAUGAUGAGUAUCGCCACCAGGAUCGCCAUGCAGAUGACCUGUAAACUGGGAGGCGAGCUGUGGGCUGUCGAGAUCCCUUUGAAGUCGCUGAUGGUAGUUGGCAUUGAUGUCUGUAAAGAUGCAUUCAACAAGGGGAUGGUGGUGAUUGGAUUUGUGGCCAGUAUUAACCUCAGAAUCACCAGGUGGUUUUCCCGCUGUAUCCUUCAGAGAACCACCACGGAGGUUGCAGACUGCUUAAAAGUUUUCAUGAUAGGAGCCCUCAACAAAUGGUACGAGUGCAACCGAGGUCUCCCCGCACGGAUUAUUGUGUACCGCGAUGGUGUGGGCAACGGUCAGCUAAAAACGCUCAUUGAAUACGAAGUUCCACAGCUGCUGAGCAGCCUGACAGAAGCGAGUUCAGAUACCAGCUCCAAGCUGUCGGUGAUUGUGGUCAGGAAGAGGUGCAUGCCACGGUUCUUCAUGGAAAUGGGCCACACCUUACAGAACCCGCCACUUGGCACCGUGGUGGAUUCAGAAGCCACCCGUCCUGAAUGGUAUGACUUCUACUUGGUCAGCCAGACCGCCUGUCGGGGCACUGUGAAUCCCACCUACUAUAAUGUCAUCUAUGAUGACAACGGCUUGAAGCCCGACCACAUGCAGAGACUGACGUUCAAACUGUGCCAUUUGUACUACAACUGGCCGGGCUUGAUCAGUAUCCCAGCACCGUGUCAGUAUGCACACAAGCUGACCUUCCUCGUGGCACAGAGCAUCCACAAAGAACCAAGUUUGGAAUUAGCCAACUCCCUCUUCUACCUGUGAUGACACGAACCAUCGGACCAUCGGCAUCACCAGAGAGGCACCCCAGGGGGAGCCGGCGUACGCUUUGCAAGUCCGCCGUGAGCUCCAGGCUGUGACUGGGAAAGGAGAUUGGGCUUGGCUUUCACUUCUGGGAAAAACAAAAUGAUUGAAUCUAAAAUGGUUUUAAAAAAUGUAUGUUGUUUUAUUUUAAAGUUUAUAUGCUUGGGGUAAAUUCUCAUCGUGGUGUAUUGAAUUAAAAUGUACCGUCACUUGUUAGUAAUUCCUCGAAGCUGAAUACUCGCUAAGAAAAUAAGUGUUUGCAUGAUGUUUUGAUGGGUAGGUAAACGGGGUCUAAAUGUUUCAGAAGUUUUCUUAAACAAUGUUAUAGAGCAUUUUGUAGAGUGGUUUAAAUAGUUAUUAGAAAAUAAAGAAAAU